AUGGAAUUCAGAGGCUAUGGUAUAUAUGUUCUUCAUGACUUUUUAUACUACAACAAAUUUGCUAAGUUAGAUGAUGAUGACAUCAAAACAUUAGGAAGUCUUUUGAUCAAGAUGAUUAUUAACCAGAUCAAUGUUGCGGAUGAUGUACUCCCGAAGGAUACAUUCAAUGCGUUUGGAUUUCUUUUUGGAGGAAUCUUGCACAGAUAUGCCAAACUGGAAGGUGCAGAUAAGGCCAUUAUUAAAGACAUCGAAGCAUUCGCCAAAUGUUUCCGUUUGAGAGAUGAAAUUUUGGUUUAUCAUCCAAUAACCGGGGAACCUUUCUUCUAUUCAGAUGGGCAUCACUUAUGUUUUGUUAAAGAGAAGACUUUACCUCCAUUAACAAUUGUUGAAAAUGAUCCUGUUUUUGACUAA